AUGCGCCACUUCUCCUUGAUUUUAUUGAGCUUUAUUUCUACGGCUUUCGCCAUGCCUUCGAGAGAGGAUACGGCUGCAUCCAUAGAAGAAGCUGCGUUGAACCACAAUCAAACAACUCCAUUAACAUUGGAAGAACUGAAUCUUGAAAUAGUUGAAAUUCCCGAAGAUGUGAAAGCGCUUGAUCCUCCCGCCUGGAUUAACAACUGGGAAGAACUUGAAUUUGUUUCCAAGAAAGGGAUGUACGCUGAUCCUAUAUUUAGUGAUUCAGACGAUCCAGAAAUGAGAGCCAAGGCCUAUGUAUUUGCACAUGCAUCCGGUAAGUGGAUUGAUCAAGAAAUGCUACAUAAGCGUGAAGAAAUAGGAAAUAUUUCUAACAUAAUCACUGACACCAAGUGGAAUUUGCCCGGCGGAUUCAAACCUAAGUUGGAACACCUAGAAAGCGCUGCAUCGUAG